AUGACUAGUGAUUAUCAACUUACUAAGAGCCGUUUGAAUCUUGUAGAACAUUCAAAUAGUAGUUCACUUUCUCCUUCUCAACAUCAAAUGAAUACAGAGGAACCACAAAUUAUUGAAGAGACUUUAAAUUUGGCAGGAUUAGGGAUUUCAAGAAUAAAUUUACAAUACAAAGACAAAUAUAAAAGUUUGCGUAAGUUAGAUAUCAGUAAUAAUGUUUUUCAUGCGGCUAGUGGAUUUAAAUAUUUUUUUGAUCUUGAAGAGCUAAAUGCUUCAAAUAAUUGUAUACAACAUCUUUAUUUUGUUCAACCUCUAGCAAGAUCAUUGAAAAUUUUGAAUUUAUCUCAUAAUGGAUUAAAACAAUUAGAGAGUGAAAUAUUUUGUAAGAUGUAUUUUCUAGAAGAAUGUGAUUUUUCUCAUAAUCAAAUUUCUAAAAUUAGAUUAUCUCAUGAUUUACCAAGAUUAAAACAUUUGAAUUUGGCAAAUAAUUUUAUUAAUUGUAUUCCUUUAAUUAAUAAUUUUUCAUCACUUACUACACUAAAUUUGGCUCACAAUCAACUUAUUUCUCUUCAAGAUAUUUCUAAAAGUUUUCCUACAUCCUUAAAACACUUGGAUAUUUCUUCCAAUAUUAUAAAUGAUAUUACUGAAUUUAUGUAUUUACGUGGAAUGGAAUUAUUUUCAUUGAAAAUUGAAAAUAAUCCUUGUGUUAAAACUCAUGGUAGGAGUUUUUGUUAUCGAGCAUAUUUUUCUGCAUUAGUGAGGUCUUUAACUGAACUUGAUGGAUUUUUACUUGAUGAUGUUGAUAAGUUGAAGGGGGAAUUUAUUACUAUGAAUGGAUUAUUUAUAAAAUUUAAACCAAGAAUUACAAGUCAUGCUGCACUUUGUGAAUUUUUAACAGAACAAUGUCCAUUAUCACAAGUUCCUGAUUCUGUAGGAAGAAUGUCUCUUAAAUCAGUUACAGGUGAAAAAUUUUCAAAGAUUUACGAUUCAUUUAGAAGUAACUCAAGUGCUGGAACGAUUAAUGAUGAAAAUAUAGUACCAUCAAAUAGUACCAAAAAACCAAAAACAAAAAUUACUAUUCGUGAUAUGCCCAAAUCACCUUCUGAAAAUGAAAUGACAAAUAAUGUUGUUGAUGCUUCUUUUAAGCUUCAGAAUCUGUGUCUUGAAAACUUAGAUCUUUCUAAUAAUUUAAAUCUCACACAUGAUUUACUUGAUUCAGAGGAUGAUUAUAUUGAUUCUGGUACAAGAUCAGUUUCUCAAUCAUCUCAAUCAGAGUCUAUAAAAACAGUUCAUGAAAUACCACCAAGUCAAGAAUGUCAUCAAUCAACAAAUUCUGAUUUAUUAACAGAACAAGAAUUAAAUAGUUCAGAAAAGAAAACAUCGUUACAAUAUCAUAGCCUUGAAUCUUUAUCUGAAGAAUCAGUAGAAAAUUCAAAAAAACUAUUUCAACAAAUUUCUUCAAAAGAUAAAAUUAGUAACAAAUAUCAUAUAAACACAGAUAUUGAUAAAAUUCAAAUCAACAAUUCUAAUGUAGAUAUUGCUGUGAUAGUAAGCGACAAACAAAGAAAUCCCAAUGAUGAUAAUAAUGUUAUGGAAUUAUCACCUCGUGAAGAGAUAUCAUUAAAGUCAUUAUCAACUAAACAUAGAUUGAAAAAAUUAACAAGUAAUAAAAAACGAAAAAUGUAUAAUAAAGAAAGGUAUUUAAAUAUGAUGCACAUGAUAAAGGAAUCCAGGGAAAUAUUUAAUAAACAUAUACAAUUAUCAAAUAAUGAAGUUAAAGAAUUAAAAGAGGCUAAUGAAACAAUAAAAUUAGAUCUUGAAGAAAAUUUAAACGAAUAUAAGGAAGUUAUAAACUCUCAUGCUGUUUCCAUAUCAUGUCUUCAAGAUAAAAUAAAUGAGCAACAAAAAAGUAUUGAUAAUUUUAAAAAUAUUAUUUCUAAAAUUUAUCCUAUUGUUUUAAUCACUGAUGUACGAAAGACAAAGAAUAAUGUUAUUGAAAUAGAAUGGGCAAAUGAACAAUCUAUAACUAAUUCAAUUAAAGGAUAUGAUGUAUAUGUAGAUAAUAAGUAUGCAGGAAUUUUUAAAGGUGCAAAUAAAUUUAUUAGCAUAGCUAAAUUAGAUCUAACUGUAGAUCAUGAAAUAAGAAUAAAAUGUGUUGUUGACGGUAUGGAAAAUGUUCCAGAUCUUCCAUUCACAACAUUUAAAAUUAAAAAAAACUCUACUUAA